CCCAUCCUCCGCAACCUCCUCCAGGUCCUGGCGCGCAGGGUGGGAGCGCUGCGCGGCUCCGCGCUGCGCAUCGCGGCCCGCUUGCCGCCUGCCCCCUGCCCUAGCUGGGCCACCUCCCCAGGCUGCCGGUGGAGGGCUACGAGGCGCUAACGUUACGCUGUUUCCGGUUUUCCAGCAGGCUCUGUUUCCCCUCCCAAGGCGGCGGCGGCGGAGCGGCGGAGCCCCCCAAAUGGCCUGGCCAGAUGCGGCAGGUUUGCUGCUCAGCGCUGCCGCCGCCGCCACUGAAGAAGGCUCGGUGCAGCAGCGACAGCGACAGCAGCAGCAGCAGCAGCGAGAGGAGCAGCAGCAGCAGCAGCAGCGAGAGCAGCAGCAGCAGCAGCAGGAGCAGCAGCAGCAGCCACAGCAGCAUCUCCCGUCCCGCUGCGCCCCCAGAGCCGCGGCCGCCGCAACAGCCGCAGCCCCGCAGCCCCGCAGCCCGGAGAGCCGCCGCCCGCUCGCGAGCCGCAGCCGCCGGCGGCAUGAGGCGCGACCCGGCCCCCGGCUUCUCCAUGCUGCUCUUCGGUGUGUCGCUUGCCUGCUACUCGCCUAGCCUCAAGUCUGUGCAGGACCAGGCGUACAAGGCACCCGUGGUGGUAGAGGGCAAGGUACAGGGUCUGGCCCCGGCCGGCGGCUCCAGCUCCAACAGCACCCGCGAACCGCCCGCCUCGGGUCGGGUGGCGCUGGUGAAGGUGCUGGACAAGUGGCCGCUCCGGAGCGGGGGGCUGCAGCGCGAGCAGGUGAUCAGCGUGGGUUCCUGUGCGCCGCUCGAGAGGAACCAGCGCUACAUCUUUUUCCUGGAGCCCACGGAGCAGCCCUUAGUCUUUAAAACGGCCUUUGCCCCUCUCGACACUAACGGCAAAAACCUCAAGAAAGAGGUGGGCAAGAUCCUGUGCACUGACUGCGCCACCCGGCCCAAGCUGAAGAAGAUGAAGAGUCAGACGGGACAGGUGGGGGAGAAGCAAUCGCUGAAGUGCGAGGCAGUGGCCGGUAACCCCCAGCCCUCCUACCGCUGGUUUAAAGAUGGCAAGGAGCUCAACCGCAGUCGCGACAUUCGCAUCAAGUAUGGCAACGGCAGAAAGAACUCACGACUACAGUUCAACAAGGUGAAGGUGGAGGACGCUGGGGAGUAUGUCUGCGAGGCUGAGAACAUACUGGGGAAGGACACAGUCCGAGGCCGGCUCAACGUCAACAGUGUGAGCACCACUCUGUCAUCCUGGUCGGGACAUGCCCGCAAGUGCAACGAGACUGCCAAGUCCUAUUGUGUCAACGGAGGCGUCUGCUACUACAUCGAGGGCAUCAACCAGCUCUCCUGCAAAUGUCCAAACGGAUUCUUCGGACAGAGAUGUUUGGAGAAACUGCCUUUGCGAUUGUACAUGCCAGAUCCUAAGCAAAAGCACCUUGGAUUUGAACUAAAGGGAGUCCGCAUAGAAGAGGAGGAAGCAGCAAUGAGCCAGAGCCAUCAGCCAGAAGCUGAGGAGCUGUACCAGAAGAGGGUCCUGACUAUAACCGGCAUCUGUGUGGCUCUGCUGGUCGUGGGCAUCGUCUGUGUGGUUGCCUACUGCAAAACCAAAAAACAGCGGAAGCAGGUGCACAACCACCUCCGGCAGAACAUGUGCCCAGCCCACCAGAACCGGAGCCUGGCCAACGGGCCCAGCCACCCCCGGCUGGACCCUGAGGAGAUCCAGAUGGCAGACUAUAUCUCCAAGAACGUUCCAGCCACAGACCACGUCAUCAGGAGGGAAACCGAGACCACCUUCUCUGGGAGCCACUCCUGUUCUCCGUCUCACCACUGCUCCACAGCCACGCCCACCUCCAGCCACAGGCAUGAGAGCCACACAUGGAGCCUGGAACGUUCUGAGAGCCUGACCUCUGACUCCCAGUCGGGCAUCAUGCUGUCAUCAGUGGGCACCAGCAAAUGCAACAGCCCAGCAUGCGUGGAGGCCCGGGCACGGCGGGCAGCAGCCUACAGCCUGGAAGAGCAGCGCAGGGCCACCGUGCCACCUUACCACGACUCCAUAGAUUCCCUGCGUGACUCCCCACACAGCGAGAGGUAUGUGUCGGCCCUGACCACGCCCGCGCGCCUCUCUCCUGUGGACUUCCACUACUCGCUGGCCACGCAGGUGCCGACUUUCGAGAUCACGUCCCCCAACUCGGCGCACGCCGUGUCGCUGCCGCCAGCCGCGCCCAUCAGCUACCGCCUGGCGGAGCAGCAGCCGCUCCUGCGGCACCCGGCGCCCCCAGGCCCAGGGCCCGGCGCGGACAUGCAGCGCAACUACGACAGCUACUACUACCCUGCGGCGGGGCCGGGGCCGGGGCCGCGGCGUGGCGCCUGCGCGCUGGGCGGCAGCCUGGGCAGCCUGCCCGCCAGCCCCUUCCGCAUCCCGGAGGACGACGAGUACGAGACAACACAGGAGUGCGCGCCCCCGCCGCCGCCGCGGCCGCGCGCCCGCGGCGCGUCCCGCAGGACGUCGGCGGGGCCCCGGCGCUGGCGCCGCUCGCGCCUCAACGGGCUGGCGGCGCAGCGCGCACGCGCGACGCGGGACUCGCUGUCGUUGAGCAGCGGCUCGGGAGGCGGCUCGGCCUCGGCGUCGGACGACGACGCGGACGACGCGGACGGGGCGCUGGCGGCCGAGAGCACACCCUUCCUCGGCCUGCGCGCGGGGCACGAGGCGCUGCGCUCGGACUCGCCGCCGCUGUGCGGGGCGGCCGACAGCAGGACUUACUACUCCCUGGACAGCCACAGCACGCGGGCCAGCAGCAGACACAGCCGCGGGCCGCCCCCGCGGGCCACGCAGGACUCGGCGCCCCUCUAGGUCCUGCCGCCCCCGCCACCCCUGUCUUUAAAGAAAACAGAGACCACCGACUGGAGAGAGGAGGAAAAAAGAAAUAAAAAUAUUUUUAUUUUCUAUAAAAGGAAAAAGGUAUAACAAAAUGUUUUAUUUUCAUUUUAGCAAAAAUUGUCUUAUAAUACUAGCUAACGGCAAAGACGUUUUUAUAGGGAAACUAUUUAUAUGUAACAUCCUGAUUUACAGCUUCGGAAAAAAAAAGAAACAACAAAAAAAAGAGAGAUGGGCCAAUUUUUUGACUCUUUAAUAGAAACCUAUAUUGUGGUGCCUUUUGCUGUACGCUAAUCUGGAGCUCCUGGAGAGAAGUCUGGGUUGUGGGUUGGGGGUAGGGGAAAUGUAGGAUCCCGAGCUGGCGGGGGGGUGAGAAACCGGGCAGAGAAGAGGCUGCAGCGUUCUGGGGGGAGGUGGGCCAGGUGCGGAGCGGUGACAGAUUGGCCCUGAGGACGGAAAGGAGGACAAGAGUAGCUUUGCCCUCUUGUAGGAUCUUGAGUCCCGGACCCCGUGAAGAGAGGGCAGGGAUCCUAGGCUUGGAACUAGAGUUGAGAUCAGGUCACGUCCAGGGGGAGACUAAGGCCCAGCGACAGCAACCUGAAUGGGGAGGGGGCCUCCCCGCUCCUCACAGCUGCUAAGGGGGGAGGCACUGAGAGCCAGGUCUUCCCAACAGCCCCUGCCCCAGGGAGGAGGCAGCUCUGCCAGGGCCCCAACGUUUGCGGCUCCUCCUCCCCCAUGGCCUCCAGGACGCCCCUCCGUCCUCUGCAGCACCUUCGUUUACAGGUCGUCUUUUCUAUUUUACGCCUGCAUGUCCUUUGCAUUUCAGAUUCUUUAGAUUGGAUGCAUGGUCACGCUGGGACCGAGAAGAGCCACUUGACAGUGUAUUUGAUUCCCCUUUUAGCAAUAACGUAACACCAUUUCCUUCUCACAGCCUGACUCCCAGCCCCCAACCCAUCUAUGACUUCCACUCCCUCUCCAGUCCUGUCCUCCCCACCCCCCAAAACUGGGUCCACUGCUAAUUUGUCAAAAAGAUAAUUGUUUAAAAAAAUAUCCCAAACAAAUGGGAAUCCUGCCCUGAAAUGUCCAAACACCUGACUGUUGACACUUGAACAUUUUUAUAUUAUAAAUAAAAUCAGAAAUAACUCA